CGGUCUGCUGUCGUUCGUCGUCAAUCGCCCACCAUGCCGUCCGAAGUUUCCGAUAUCAAGCAGUUCAUCGAGAUCUGCAGACGCAAGGAUGCCUCCUCUGCCCGCAUCAAGCGCAACCGCAAGACCAACCAGAUCAAGUUCAAGGUUCGAUGCAAGCGUUUCCUCUACACCCUCGUCCUGAGGGACUCCGAUAAGGCAGAUAAGCUGAAGCAGAGCUUGCCUCCUGCUCUCAAAAUCGCCGAUGUCUCUAAGGGCGGCGCGAAGAAGAAGGCGAUCUAAGGCGACCCGUAUGACCUGAGGUGUUGGGAUUAUGGCGUUUGAAAAGAUAUUGAAUAUCAUUUUGAUAAGGGUAAAGACGGUCAGGUCUUAAUGAUGGGUUCAAACAUACAUGUCUGUUGUGUUGGAGCGCAUCUCGCCGGAAGAAUGAACAUUUACGUGGACGCCAUCCCGGCACUGGUGUUGUCGUCCACCGCGACCGGGCGGUUCCUGGCAGGCUUUAUUGUCAGCGAUCAGUGGUAAUAGGGAUGUUUCUAGUGUCUGUUCUAGGGCUCUAGCCACAAAUGCAUCAUCAG